AUGCAAGCCUUGAGAAGCAUUUUUGUGUUCUACUUCUUAUUUCCCUUCUUAAGAAUCUCCACUCCAACAACACUAGACACAAUUACUCCAAAUCGAUAUAUUAGAGACGGUGAAAGUCUAGUUUCAGCUGGUGGAGGCUUCGAACUGGGAUUCUUUAGCCCUGGUACAUCAAAGGGCCGAUACUUGGGAAUAUGGUACACUGUUGAUACUGAGACAGUUGUAUGGGUAGCCAACAGAGAAACACCACUUGGCGAUACUUCUGGAGUUUUGACUGUCACUGACCGAGGAGUUCUAGUCCUUCUCAAUAGCACAAACAGCAUUGUAUGGUCAUCAAAUUCAUCAACAACUGCAGGGAAUCCAGUAUCACAACUCUUGGAUUCAGGAAAUCUUGUUGUGAAAGAUGGAAAUGAAACCAACCCUGUUAACUUGUUGUGGCAGAGUUUUGAUUAUCCUUGUGACACAUUACUACCAGAAAUGAAGCUUGGUUGGGACUUAGUUACUGGUUUAGAGAGGUACAUCUCGUCUUGGAGGAGCAGAGACGAUCCUGCUCCAGGAGAGUUUUCAUUACGGAUAGAUCAUCGUGGUUUCCCACAAGCUGUUGUUCUGAAAGGAGCUAAGAGAGUGGCUUCAGCAGGCUCAUGGAACGGCCUUCAUUUUACAGCAUAUUCAUAUCCUCCACAAACACGAGCAAACCCAACAUUGGAGUAUGAAUUUGUGUUGAACAAGGAUGAGAUCUAUUAUGAGUACAGGCUCUCAAAGAGGUCCACGUUCUCAAGAUAUAUAUUGAAUCCAUCAGGCAUUGCGCAGCGAUUAACAUGGGUGCACCAAACACAUAGUUGGGAACUUUCCUCUACAUUUCAAGCAGAGCGGUGUCAAAAUUAUGCUUUGUGUGGUGCAUAUGCUAGUUGCAAAAUGAAUGUCUCUCCCUUAUGUGCAUGCUUGAAGGGAUUUGUACCAAAAUCUCCAAAAGAUUGGAAUUCGGGAUAUUGGUCUGAUGGGUGUGUUCGAAAGAUUCCAUUGGCUUGCAGCUCGGGAGAUGGCUUCCUAAAGUACACUGGGGUUAAAUUGCCAGACACAUCUUCCACAUGGUUUGAUAAAAGCAAGAGCCUCAAGGAAUGCAAGGGAUUAUGUUUGAACAACUGCUCAUGUACGGCAUAUGCAAAUUUAGAUAUCAGGGAGGGAGGAACUGGCUGCUUGCUUUGGUUUGGCAAGCUCAUUGAAAUAACGGAAUUCACUUCCGGUGGUGGUCAAGACCUCUAUAUACGGAUGGCAGCUUCAGAACUUGAUCAAAUUGAGAAAAAGAGCAAGUUCAACAAGAAAAAGCUACCUGGAAUUCUUCUCAUCAGCUCUACACUUUUUCUUUUGGGAACUUUAAUAAUUGGCUUGAUAUUGUAUAGACGGAAGAAGAAACUCAGAAGUCAAGGAGUCAGAAGCAUGGAUUGCAGAAAAGAUUGCCUUGGAGAAGACAUGGGAUUACCACUAUUAAACUUGACCACCGUAGCUAAUGCCACUAAUGAGUUUUCAAGCAGUAACAAGCUGGGAGAAGGUGGUUUUGGACCUGUGUACAAGGGUACGUUGAUAGAAGGGAAAGAAAUUGCAGUGAAAAGGCUUUCAAAGGAUUCCAGACAAGGACUGAGGGAGUUCAAAAAUGAAGUUAUGCUGAUAGCCAGACUUCAACAUCGCAAUCUUGUAAAGCUUUUGGGUUGUUGCAUUCAAGAAGAUGAAAAAAUUUUGAUAUAUGAAUUCAUGACCAACAGAAGCUUGGACUUCUUUAUUUUUGAUCACGAGGGACAAAAGUUGCUCGACUGGGCUACAUGCUUCCACAUUAUUGGUGGAAUUGCUAGAGGGCUUCUUUAUCUUCACCAAGACUCUAGAUUGAGAAUUAUCCAUAGAGAUUUGAAAGCUAGCAAUAUCCUGCUUGAUAAUAAUAUGAAUCCUAAGAUUUCAGACUUCGGCCUCGCUAAAACAUUUGGUAGUGAUCAAAGUCGGGGUAAUACAAAAAGAGUGGUUGGAACGUAUGGUUACAUGUCUCCCGAAUAUGCAGUAGAUGGAAUUUUCUCGAUGAAAUCUGAUGUCUUUAGCUUUGGAGUAAUACUGCUAGAGAUGUUGAGUAGGCAAAAGAACAGGGGAUUUUCUAACCCAGAUCACCACCUUAACCUUCUUGGACAUGCAUGGAUACUAUGGAUUGAAGAUAAAGCAUUGGAACUGAUUGAUAAGACAUUACGUGAUUCGUGCACCAUAUCUGAAGUGUUAAGGUGUCUUCAUGUGGCGCUGUUAUGUGUGCAAAGAGUACCUGAAGAUAGACCAAGCAUGUCAUCUGUGGUUCUAAUGUUGAGCAGUGAUGUUACCUUGCCUCCACCAAAGCAGCCUGGUUUUUACACCGAGCGAAGUGUCCCUGAAUCCCCCUUAAGUGCAUGCCGGUGUUCAGCGAAUACUUCCAUUACAAUAAUAGAGGCUCGGGAGAAGCUUCCUACUACAUCUUCGUUUUUCAGUACUUUUGAUUCCAUGUCAUUCCACCUCUUCCAUCUUCUCUGCCUAAUUUAUGUGCUAAUUUUUUUGGGUAUCAAAAUAUUUAGUCUCAGAAUAUCAAUGCAAGCCAUGAAAAGCCUUUUUGUGUGCUCCUUCUUGUUCUCUUUCCUAAGUAUCUCAGCUUCCACACCAGACACAAUCACUCCAAGUCGAUCUAUGAGAGACGGUGAAACUCUAGUUUCAGCAGGUGGAAGCUUUCAACUGGGAUUCUUUAGCCCUGGUACAUCAAAAGGUCGAUACUUAGGAAUAUGGUAAUCUGUUCAUACUGAGACAGUUGUAUGGGUAGCCAACAGAGAAACACCACUUGGCGAUUCUUCAGGAGUUUUGAAGGUCACUGAGCAAGGACUUCUAGUCCUUCUCAAUAGCACAAACAGGAUUAUAUGGUCAUCAAAUUCAUCAACAACUGCAGGGAAUCCAGUAUCACAACUCUUGGAUUCAGGAAAUCUUGUUGUGAAAGAUGGAAAUGAAACCAACCCUGUUAACUUGUUGUGGCAGAGUUUUGAUUAUCCUUGUGACACAUUACUACCAGAAAUGAAGCUUGGUUGGGACUUAGUUACUGGUUUAGAGAGGUACGUCUCGUCUUGUAGGAGCAGAGACGAUCCUGCUCCAGGAGAGUUUUCAUUACGGAUGGAUCGUCGUGGUUUCCCACAAGUUGAUAUUAUGAAAGGAGCUAAGAUAGUGGCUUCAGCAGGCUCAUGGAACGGCCUUUAUUUUACAGCAUAUCCACGUCCUCCACAAACACGAGCAAACCCAACAUCGGAGAAUGAAUUUGUGUUGAACAAGGAUGAGAUCUAUUAUAAGUACAGGCUCUUAAAGAGGUCCAUGUUCUCAAGAGAUAUAUUGAAUCCAUCAGGCAUUGCGCAGCGAUAUACAUGGGUGCACCAAACACGUAGUUGGGAACUUUCCUCUGCAUUGGAAGCAGAUCGGUGUGAAAAUUAUGCCUUGUGUGGUGCAUAUACUAGUUGCGAUGUCAAUGUCUCUCCCUUGUGUGCAUGCUUGAAGGGCUUUGUACCAAAAUCUCCAAAAGAUUGGAAUUCGGGAUAUUGGUCUGACGGGUGUGUUCGAAAGAUUCCAUUGGCUUGCAGCUACGGAGAUGGCUUCCUAAAGUACACUGGGGUUAAAUUGCCAGAGACAUCUUCCUCAUGGUUUGAUAAGAGCAUGAGCCUCAAGGAAUGUGAGGGAUUAUGUUUGGAAAAUUGCUCAUGUACGGCAUAUGCAAAUUUAGAUAUCAGGGAGGGAGGAACUGGCUGUUUGCUUUGGUUUGGUAACCUCACUGACAUAAGACAAUUCACUUCCGGUGGUAGUCAAGACCUCUAUGUACGGAUGGCAGCUUCAGAACUUGAUUAUAUUGAGCGAAAGAGUAAGUUCAUCAAGAAAAAGCUCCCUGGAAUUCUCAUCAGCUCUGCAGUUUUGCUUGGGGGAACGUUACUAAUUGGAUUGUUAUUGUAUAUACGGAAGAAGAAACUCAGAAAUCAAGGAGUUAGAAGCAUAGAUUGCACAAAAGAUUACCUUGGAGAAGACAGGGAAGACGUGGAGUUACCGCUAUUUGAUUUGAGAACCGUAGCUAAAGCCACCAAUGACUUUUCAAGCAGCAACAAGCUGGGAGAAGGUGGUUUUGGACCUGUGUACAAGGGUACAUUGAUCGGAGGGAAAGAAAUUGCAGUAAAAAGGCUUUCGAAGAAUUCCGGGCAAGGAAUGAUAGAGUUCAAAAAUGAAGUUAUACUGAUAGCAAGACUUCAACAUCGCAAUCUUGUAAAGCUCUUGGGUUGUUGCGUUCAAGAAGAGGAAAAAAUCUUGAUAUAUGAAUUCAUGCCCAACAAAAGCUUGGACUUCUUUAUUUUUGAUCAACAAGGACAAAAAUUGCUCGACUGGCCUACGUGCUUUCACAUCAUUGGUGGAAUUGCUAGAGGGCUUCUUUAUCUUCACCAGGACUCUAGAUUAAGGAUUAUCCAUAGAGAUUUGAAAGCUAGCAAUAUCCUGCUUGAUAAUAGUAUGAACCCUAAGAUUUCAGACUUCGGCCUCGCUAAAACAUUUGGAAGUGAUCAAAGUCGGGGUAAUACAAAUAGAGUAGUUGGAACAUAUGGUUACAUGUCUCCCGAAUAUGCAGUAGAUGGAAUUUUCUCGAUGAAAUCUGAUGUGUUUAGCUUUGGAGUUAUACUGCUGGAGAUGUUGAGUAGGAAGAAGAAUAGGGGAUUUUCUCAUCCAGAUCACCACCUUAACCUUCUUGGACAUGCAUGGAUACUAUGGAUUGAAGAUAAAGCUUCGGAACUGACUGAUAAGACAUUACAUGAUUCGUGCACCAUAUCAGAAGUGUUAAGGUGUCUUCAUGUGGCGCUGUUAUGUGUGCAAAGAGUUCCUGAAGAUAGACCAAGCAUGUCAUCUGUGGUUCUAAUGUUGAGCAGUGAUGUUACCUUGCCUCCACCGAAUCAGCCUGGUUUUUACACUGAACGAAGUGUCUCUGGAUCACCAUUAAGGACACACCCGUGUUCAGCGAAUAAUUCCAUUUCAAUAAUAGAGGCUCGGUAGAUCAUCUUUCUGGUGCUUGUUCAUGCGUCUAUCUACCAUUACAAAAUGUAUUUGGCAGGUUGUCUACAACUUUGUAGUCUUAGCUAGGAAACAAUGACAUAAGAUUAUUCAUAGUAUCCAAAAAAGAUGUGAUUGAAUUAUAAGUUUGCUUGGAGUUGUUGGGUUGUUGAAGAAAAUUCAAGGGGUGUGGCCUGAUAUCAACAGAGUCGAGGCACGCUGGUCUGGGUGGGGAAUUUGAUCGAACAAGUGUAGGGCACGUUGUAAAUCUGCGGAAUUACAGUAGACUUUGAAGAACCGAAGGCUCAGGUGAGAUGGGACGUUGGCGGGUAGCUUAGUGUUUCAACGGAUUUUGUAUCUUCUUCUAAUUUCUAGGGAUAAACUUGAAGUUUACAAGUGGCUUUGAAAACAUUGAAACGUUUGGUUUCUUCGCGCCAGGUCAGGUAUUAACUAUUGGCUAAAUUGGUGAUUUAACCAUGAACUGGUACGGUUGUACCAAAAUUUUUUGCCUUUGUUUUCAAAUAGUUCAGAAGAAAUCCUGGGUUAUAAUAAAAACUUGAGUUUUAUGAUUAUACUCUAAACGAUGUUGGCUUUUUGGUGCAUUGAAAGGGAAUCCGUAACAUCUUGAAGUUAAGGGUGGGCAUCAAUUCGGGCGAACUGAUGAAAUCGGCCGAUUCAAACUGUAAUUACUGUUUGAUUUGGUUUUGACUAAGAAAAAGUUAGAUGGUUUAAAAAAUUUAACCGAACCGUAUAUGAUUUGGUUUAAUUUAGUUUUGAACUUUUGUAAACAGACCUAAACUAAAUUGGACCGUUUAUGUGUAUAUUUAUUUAUUUUUAUUUUUAUUUUACAUGUGUAAUACUCUAAUUAGGCAAUAACUAUAUAUGGAUAUUUGAAUUAAUAUUAGUUAUGAAAUUUGAAGUUUUAUGACAUGUUGAACGUUAGGAUGGUUUCGUACCCUAGAAAAUGAUUUAAGUAUGGGACAAGUUGUGCAUCUGUUGGGUUGUAAUUGGGCUA